AUGUCUGAACUAAUUAACAAGAUGGAAAACUUGAGCGUGGAUGAUGCAGCUAAAAAAAAGAUAGCUUACGAACCUCCCCACGUUAGAAGAAAGAGAGAACAAGGAGCUGACCCUUCUCCAAGGAGAGGUAAAUCUAACAACGGUUCGCGUUUAGAAGGCGGUAAUAAUGGUUUCGGUGCUGGAUAUAGUAAGAGUAAUCGUGAUAACUGGUCUGGAGCUCACGGAAGAGGUGGUGCAAAGGGUGGCGACAGAGGCGGUACGUCGAGGUUCGGGCGCUGGAUCGAUGGCAAACAUUUGCCAGCGAAAAGAAACGAGAGUCUAGAAGUACAGUUGUUUGGUACCGCUGAAGAUCCUAGCUUCCAGUCUUCAGGUAUUAAUUUUGAUAACUACGAUGAUAUUCCUGUGGAGGCUUCUGGUCAGGAUGUUCCACAACCUAUUACAGAGUUCACGUCUCCUCCAUUAGAUGCUUUGUUACUGGAGAACAUUCUUUUGGCGCGUUUCACGAGACCUACACCAGUUCAGAAGUACUCGGUGCCUAUUGUUGCUAACGGAAGAGAUUUAAUGGCUUGUGCACAAACUGGUUCUGGUAAAACUGGUGGUUUCUUAUUUCCAGUUCUUUCUCAAUCUUUCAGCGAAGGACCAGCUCCUGCUCCAGAGGGUAGCAACAAUUACUAUAUGAGCAAGGCUUACCCAACAGCUGUUGUUCUUGCUCCUACCAGAGAGUUGGCUACCCAAAUUUUCGACGAAGCCAAGAAGUUUACUUAUAGAUCUUGGGUUAAGCCAUGUGUUGUUUACGGUGGUGCUGACAUUCGUCUCCAAAUUAAGGAGUUGGAACGUGGUUGCGAUCUUAUUGUUGCAACACCAGGUCGUCUAAAUGACUUGUUGGAACGUGGUAAGAUCUCCUUAUGCAAUGUGAAGUACUUGGUUCUUGACGAAGCUGAUAGAAUGUUAGAUAUGGGUUUUGAACCUCAAAUUAGACACAUUGUUGAAGGUUGUGAUAUGCCAACUGUUGAGAACAGACAAACAUUAAUGUUUUCAGCCACCUUCCCAACUGAUAUUCAACACUUGGCCUCUGACUUCUUAAAGGACUACAUUUUCUUAUCCGUUGGUAGAGUUGGUUCUACCUCCGAAAACAUUACCCAAAAAGUCUUACACGUCGAGGAUAUCGAUAAGAGAUCCGUUCUAUUGGACUUGUUGGCUGCUUCAGAUGGUGGUUUAACAUUGGUUUUUGUUGAAACCAAGAGAAUGGCUGAUGCUUUGACAGACUUCUUAAUCAUGCAAGGUUUGUCAGCAACAGCAAUUCAUGGUGACCGUACUCAAGCCGAACGUGAACGUGCUUUGUCCUACUUUAGAGCUGCUAAGGCUAACAUUCUAGUCGCUACUGCUGUUGCUGCUAGAGGUUUGGAUAUUCCAAAUGUUACACACGUUAUCAACUACGAUUUGCCAUCUGAUAUCGAUGACUACGUCCACCGUAUUGGUAGAACUGGUCGUGCUGGAAACACUGGUUUGGCAACCGCUUUUUUCAACCGCGGUAACAAGAACGUUGUCAAGGAGCUUGUUGAUAUUUUGCAAGAAGCAAACCAAGAGGUCCCAUCCUUCUUGACACAAAUCACUAGAGAGGCCUCUUAUGGCAAGCCUACCAGAGGUGGCCGCGGUGGUUACAACCGUGCUACUAAUACCAGAGAUUACCGUCGCCAUGGCGCUCCCGCUGGUGCUAGCUCCGAAUGGGGAAACAACAACAGAGCGAACUCCGGCUGGAGUAGCAACACCAGAUCUGGUUUUGGCUGGGGUAACGGUGGUUCCGAAUGGGGUGGAAACUCUGUUUCUUGGAGUGGUAACGCCAACGGUAGCGGUAACGCAGGUGGUCCUUCCUGGGGUGGAAGCGGCUCCAAGCCAUCUGGAAACAAUUCCUGGUGGUGA